GGCAGUUUCACACACCACCUUGACGAAACAAAGUGGUCGACAUGUCUUCCUCAAAAGUUGCAGUGGUAAGCUCAUUUAACUUUAGAAUUUCAGUAUUUCUCCUCAAAUCAUGGCCACCUAUGCAGCUAAGUGCAAAACUUAGGUAGAUGCGCGCCCCUUGAUGAUAGACCAGGGUACUGUUUGCGAUGAUGUCAAUCGUGCAAAAACCUAGCUACAUACCUGAUAUGUUACCGACUGAGUUCGUGUUUUGUGCUACUCUCAUGAUAUUUCAGUCGACAGGGACCACGCUUCAGAGCCCAAGUUUCAGUAUUCUUAUCGUUUAUGUUUUUAUGUGCAACUUUGGUAUUUUAGGACGAGAACCAUGUGGGAACUGAAUUCAACAAAACUGAAAAUCGAAUAAUUUCUUUAAGUGUCAUGCUCGAUUUUAGAUGUUUAUUUACCUUGCAAUUUUCCUCCUAAAAAAUAUUUAGCUGUUAAUUCUAGCUUUGAGUGAUAACAGUACAGCUACAAUUAAUUGCAAGGGACUCUUUUAGUGGGAAGGGUGAGGGCUGGUUUAUGAAUCCAUCAGUUUAACCCUUCAACUCCCAAGAUCUCAUAAGUAAUUCUCCUUACUGUCUGCCAAAUUAUUCUCAUUAUGUUAGUCUAGAGAAUUUGGUAUUGGAUCAAUUAGUAAUCCAAUAAUUGACAUUUUUCUUUAUUUCCAAUGCUGUAGGUUACUGGUGCCAAUAAAGGCAUAGGUUAUGCUAUUGUUCAAAGACUCUGCAAAGAAUUCCCAGGAACAGUAAUUUUGACAGGUACACUUUUAGACAGCAAUGCUUUGGUAAUCUGAUGUGAGCUGAUUGGUCAGUUUAGCCUUGAUGUGGUUGGCUAUAAGAUUCAAAUGGUAUUGUUUUGUCAUUUCUUCUUUAACAGCACGAGAUGAGCAAAGAGGCAAGGAGGCUGUCAAACAAUUAAGUGGUGAAGGACUCACAGUGUCAUUUCACCAGUUAGACAUUAUUUCAUUAGAAAGCAUUGAAAAGUUUAGAAAGUUCGUUCAGGAACAGUAUGGUGGCAUUGAUGUUCUUGUUAACAAUGCAGCAAUAGCCUACAAGGUCUGUUGAUGCCUUUUGUUUUCCUAUAGUUUUCAAUUUGAAGGAUGAUAGAGGGGCUUUUAUUUAGUGUUUUAAGUUAAUCAUUUUAACUUUUGUACAUGAUGACGAUGUUACUUUCAACAUUUCACCAGAGUGGAAAAGCCAGACAGGAAAAAUUUUGGCCAUGUUAUCCAACCCAACCUUUCUCAGUCAAACAAUAUACUCUAUGACUGCUACUUUACCUCUUUCUUCAUUUUUACUUUUCUCUUUAUUCUCACCUUUCCAUAAAUUGAGCUAUGAGACUUUUAGCAGCUCUGCUGGUUUCAUCUUGCACAGCCCUCAAAUUGUGAUUUUUACUGUUUUUCAAUAAAGCAAGCCAAUUGCUAUUUUCGUUUUCGCAGAUGGCAUCUACAGCUCCAUUUACAGAACAGGUUGAAGUGACUCUGCGCACAAACUUUCAGGGCACUCUUGACGUCUGCCAUGCACUUUUCCCUCUCUUGAGACCACAUGCAAGGUAACAUCUCUUUUGCUUUAUGUUAGCCCUUUCACUCUCAGGUUCAAACAAGAAGUACACUUUCAUGUAGACAGGUGAUGAGAUUAAAGACAAAUAUAGACUAGAGGUGAUUACUUUAAUUAUAUUAACAGAAUUCUCAUAACUGAUAUCAGAAAUAAUGAGUGCCAGACAGUAAGGAGAAUUGAUAUGGAGAAUUUAGGAGUGAAAGAGUUAAUUGCUAGAAGCAUAUUCAUGAAGUAAUAAUGUUGUGAAUCUAACCAAAUUUUAUUACAACACACUUCUUUCAACCAUAGUUUGCCAAAUCUUGCAGAAAAUUUUGUUGUCAGGACAACAACAAAGUUGGUCUGAUAUCACAAAUCAUUUCUGUGUGAGCUGUUUUUUUUUGGGAUAACUUAUUAUUCUUGAUAUGAAUUUUUAUUUUCAAGGGUAGUGAAUGUGUCCUCCAGGGCUGGACGUUUGGCUCAGGUGUCAAAAGAAAUUCAAGAGAAGUUUACUUCUCCAACUUUGACUGAAGAAGGCCUUAUUUCCUUGCUGGAUCAGUUUGUGCAGUAAGUUUGUUUGAUAUGUAACUUUCCUACUGACUCUACCUUAGAAGCUCAGUAUCUAACUUUGAGGAUUAUUUUAAUCAUCUUACAUUUUUCUUCGCAUAUAGAAUUUCCUUGAGUAAGUGCCCAAGCACCUAGUCAUAAUUUCAGUACUUAUUAGGAGGAGAGCAUUCGUUGAAGGGUGGGAAAAUUAAAAAAAUUUGAAACCUUUUCUGAUUCCGUAGUGGUGGAAGCCUUAAAAGUUAUGAUUAUAGCAGUAGUAGAGGCAGGUUUUCCUUUCAUCCCUGUUAUUUUAGAAAGUGAAGGAAGAGGGGGGCACUUAUUUGAGAGAGGUGUUUUUAUUUGAUAUUAUGGCCAAAGGGAAGGGCACUUAUCAGACUGCAGGCACUUAUUCAAGGAAGUAUGGUUUAUGGAAAAUUAUCAUAUUUGUCAACUUUGAAUUGAGAGAUUAAAAUACAUUUAACUCAUUAUUGCUCUUUAGAGAUGUAAAGGAUGGCGUCCAUAAGCAGAAAGGAUGGUCCAACUCAGGUGAGAUAUUAUGUAGUCAUGCUGUAUUCUCUUUCGUUCUUCUUGAUAUAUUACAUCUAGUUUGAAAUUAAUAGUGAUUAAUAAUGGUAAUUGAACUGAGUGGGGUGCAAUUUGGGCUGAAAUCAUACGCAUGAUUUCCAAAUAGAACAAGCGCACAGUGCAAGUUCGAUUUGAAAUCACAAGUAUGAUUUCAGACCAAAACUGCAUGACACGAGGUUCAAUUACCACUUUAUUGCAUCCAUUUUGAAAUCACCCAAAUACAGGACUUGGUCAGUUCAAAUAUUUUAUUAAUGCAGUACUGAGCCAGUCUGAAAUUAAAUUCAUCCAUUUUUUGGGGGGAAAAAAGUAAUAGUUUUGGGAAAAAAGUUGCAAAUUUGCUACAUGAUACUCUUUGUCUUUCAUUUUCCUGCAAUUUGAUUGGUUACUUUAAACAAGCCUUGAAAUCUGAUCGGUUUUUAUGUUGUUAGUGUAGCCUCCUCAUUGGCUGGGAAAAAUAUGCAAUUUAAAGCAAAAAAUGGUGCGAUUCAUGAAUAAAUUGCAUCAAUUAGAGCCAAUCAGAUUACAGGGACCACCAGUGAUUUCAAAAUGGGUGUAACAAAUGCAAUUAUACUGGUUGUCAGCAGUGCAAGUUACUCACAUUAACAAAACUCCAGAUGAGGGUAAUUAGCCUUUAGAAACCCUUUAUGCACUCCACUCACUUUCCUUAUCAUUAUGUAUUGGUAUGCUUGAGAAUCUUCUAUAUGAUGAUAGAGUGCUUUUGAUCCACAGCUUAUGGUACAUCAAAAAUAGGUUUGACAGCUCUUAGCAAGAUACAGGCGAGGGCAUUGACAACAGAUCCAAGGGAGGACAUUUUAUUAAAUGCUGUGAGCAGAUUUCACUGAUUAUUUUCUCUGCUUUUGAUUCAUUGUGACCAUUGAUUAAGAUUGAUUAAUCUUUCUAUUAAUUUAUUUUUGGGUUGGAGUAGUGUUGUCCUGGAUGGGUGCGGACUGAUAUGGCUGGACCAAAGGCUCCCAAAAGUCCUGAUGAGGGUAAGUAUUCAACAAAGAUCUCAUGGCAAUUAAAUUUCUCUUUUAUUAAGGUAAAAAAAGCUGUCCAGUAUAUUGCCUUGCUUCUGGCCAUUUUUAAUUUCAGUUUUAAUUUUUAGUUUCCAUGUUGAUCCCUUUAGUAAUAUCUUAAGUUAACAAUUUUCACAAAAUUGUUUAGUCUCGUGGGAUAUAUCCUUCCAAGUGAGCCAUUUCUUUAGAUGCUGUAACUUUUGUUUGUAUUGAAUAGUAUAGCAGCUGAACUGUUACUUUUUAUGAACCUUUCUUGACUAAAGCCUGCUUAAACUAUCAAUAAAUAGCAAAAUUAUUCAGGUUUCUUUGCUAACAUUUUUCUGUAUGGAAAAUCAAAAAGGAAGUAAUCAACAGAAGUUUUUUUGGCCACAAACUCGGUAACAUACCAUUACUGUUUCUCUGAUUCUUCAAUUUAUAACAUGCAAUUAAUUUUUUGGAUAAAGUAAAUUGGACUUGUCUACUUUUUCAGGUGCAGAAACACCUGUCUACCUUGCCCUCUUGCCACCAAAUGUUGGCAAACCUCAUGGGGAGUUUGUUGCUGAGAAGGCUGUGCAUGAGUGGUAACCCAGUGCACAUCAAUAGUAACCUAGUAACCUGCCUGCGCACACUUCAGAAGAGAAGUGCUAACCUGUCAUCCUGUGGCUAAAUAAGAAAAAGGCCACUAUUUAAUGCAAAAAUAUGUUGCAAUAUAUAUCCAUAGACAUUAUUUCAUUGCACAAAAUUGGGCUAUUGUUUUUAAAUCACUCUUGUCUCUUUCAUACCUUUAUCUGUGGCAGAAAGUAAAUGUGGAACAAGCAAUUAUUUUAGAGGUGUCUUUGCAUGGAAACUUUGUAGUUUGUCAGAAGAAUUGGUAAAUAAUUCUCUUUUUAGUGGUUUCAAAUUGUUUCAGUGUCAAAGAAAAGGUAGAUAGUCCAUUGUAGUUGCAGGGUUCUUAACUAGUCUUUAUCAAUCAAACAGAUGUACCAGUAGUUGUAACAGGCUGUUAGUUUUUAAAAGAAUUGCCAACAAUGUUGUGAUGUGAUUAGGGAAUGAUAUUGUCAAAGAGAACAAAACUAGCAAUAAAUAAUAGAUGAUGAUAAGAGAUGAUAAAUUAUUUGAUUGCAUAUUUUGUCUUGUUUGUAGAUGUACUACUUCUUUUCUUUGUUAGCCAACACAUGUAACACAUUCCUUUGUCAAUUGCUUAAGAAAAUCAGUGAUAACGAACAUAUUCAGUUGAUUUAGUUUUCAUACCAAUCCUCCUAGAUGUUCAAAUGCAUGGCUGCAUUACAAUCCUUUAAUAUGUGAUUUGCACUCGUGCAAGUUCUCCCAGAACAUCUGGUUGCCUGUAGAAGGUCAAAAAUCUGAAAGAAAAUAAUCACUUUAUGUUUUAACU